UUCUUUUCUUCAGUUGUCCCUUUACCAUUUUUCUAAGAGAAGGUUAUUGCAAUUAGGUGUACUACAUUUAAAUGCCCUUAAACGUAUUUCCUCAAACGUAUCAUUUCAAGUUCCAAUCAAAUUGUGCGUUUCCAUCCCAGCAUUUAAUUAAAAGUGCUCCUUUCAAUCCUUACUGUUUUUCUUGUAAAUGACAAUAGAAAUUAUUUCGUAAACCAUGAUUUAAGUCACCAACCUUUUGAAAGUUAUCAAUGUGACUUAUGAAAUAAUUAAAAACUUGGCUAGAAUAGGAUUACUGCUUAUCCUUUCAGGGCAAAUAACCGCGGAAGAGUCUUUGUUCACUUAUGGACCAGGCGAGAACGUAUCAACCUUCCAAAAUGAAAGCUUUGUCCCCAUGUUUGUGGAGGACAUCGUUUGGGCAGACAACAACACUCAGGCACAAGCAGAGGCAAACUGUGGUGGUGAUAUUGUAUGUUUGUUCGACGCCGCGUCUACUAAUAACGUCUCUAUCGGACUGAACAGCCAAGCAGUGAAGGUUAAAGUUGUGGAGGAGAAUAAACAACUCAGUAAGUCACUGUGAACUUUUAAAAUUAAAAAAUGUAUAGUGGAACCUCUAUUCAGGGGACACCCUCGGGACCAAAGCAAGUGUCCCUUGAAUAGAAGUGUCCCCUGAAUAGAGGUUGGGCUGGGAUUUGUAAAUAAUUUACCAAAAAUAUUAGAACCGAAAAAGGCGUCUGCUCUCGCAGGCUACGGAAUGUGUUGCAGUGAUUAUUUCAAGCAGCUUGAUAAUGAAUAAAAAAUCGUUAAACUUAUCUCUGCAAUGUUGUGUGUUGAAUUCCCACAAAUGCAUACAUUAAUUUAAGUGAGUUCAUUCAUGUUUUGAAAGCGGUCCCCAUUGUGACCACUGAACACUUAAACUUAUGGACCCUGAGGAAAAGUGUCCCUUACCCUGAAUAGAGGUGUCCCUUCAGUAAAGGUAACAAAUGCAAAUUGCAGAUUUUUCCGGGACCAAAUUUUGAGUCCCCUGAAUGGAGGUUUCCCUUGAACGAAGGUGUCCAAAGAAGAUGUUCCACUGUAUAUCCAAGAGAAAUAAUUGUCCCUUGACAUUUCUCAUUUUCAGCCAAUUCUGCCUCUGAAAACCUGACACUCAGUAGCUUUUCCACAAUGGCAGCCGUAAAGACAAAAUUUACCAUUUAAGUUUAGUUCUACUUAUAAUAGAGCUCCAUUAGUAAGACACGACCAAUCCAUUGCACAAUUCUUUGAAUCUCUUUGAAUAAAGGAUAGUGACCAAAACGUUAUCUUUUGAACUCCCUCAGAUGCAUAAUAUUAAAACUUAGAUAUCUCGGGGUUGAGUGAAGAUAUUCCAACAACACCGUUGUUCUUUAUGCUAACAGGCCUUUGAAACAAGAUUCACGUUUCUUUACUUCGUAAGCACUUUAAAAGUGGUCAGUGUCCAAGCAACAAGAUCUUUUGUCCUUCAGUUCCGGUUUCCCGUACCUUCCCACUUCUUUUGUCCAGUUUGGGAUGAAGGUUAAAUCGUUUUAAUCCAUUUUUUUUGCAGAUAACUUUCCUCCAAAGUUCACAUAUGUCCCCAAAUGUAUCGAAGUAACCCUUGGAGAAGUUGCGUUUGUGAACGUUACAGCUUCAGACAAUGACUCCUUCACCUUCAGCGUUCUUAACAUACCAAACGGGGCCAACAUUUCCUCCUCCGGAAAUUUCAUGAACUUUACAUGGAAUGUCACUUCCGCUGAAAAGGUUUGCUAUUCAAAGUUCAUCAACCAAAUAAAUGUGUAUUAUUGCUAUUUUUAUAGGGAUACCCAGCGGGAGCCUCUGCGGAGGAGAGAGUGACAAUGAGAUAAUAGAAAAACAUGGCGGAGGAAGGGACCUGAAACGGGAAUGAACUUCCUAUACAUGCAACUUACCCAAAGUUUAGGUUUCAGCGAGUGGGUCAAAUGGAAGGAUACUUUCAAUGGAUAAUCAUUCCUUCAUGCUUCCUUUCUAGUUUUCCAAAAGAGAAUAUAUAGAGGAUAUUACAUGGCCGCUUGGAGAUACGAAAUUUCUCUUCUCGCGUUGAAAAUAUUUCACUCGUUCUCGCGCAAUGUUUUAUUUAUUAUAUAAUUAUCAAUGAAUUACCAAACCAUUUCUCGUAAACAGUUUUUUCCUGCGAAAGGCGCCAUUUAUUAUGUAGCCAUAGCAACGGUAAUCUUUUCACAUGUGAAAAUUUAUUUUCACGUGUAAAGAUAUCAUUUUUUCGCGCGAAAUCUCACCUGGUAUUUCAUUGGUGUUUAUAUAAAAAAACUGCAUUAAUGUUAAUUUUUUGUUUGCUAGAAGCUAGCCUCACAUCCAUGAGCCUUUCAUAAGGAAAAGCGGAUUUCACUAAUGUGUUGCGUCGAAAUUACGAGAUUACAUGCGAAUUAUCCACCCAGUUUCUUAAUGUUUCAAUAUCUGAUAUCUGAGCCAGGAAUUACUUUUUAUUGUUAGGUUAAGUUCUCAUUUGUGGCAACCGACGAAUUCGGCGCUGCCUCGAGUUCCACACCAUGUAUCAAAAUGUGCGCCUGCAGAAAUGGUGGCCAGUGUGUGGCGCCAAAAGUGGGCGACAAAUAUAACAACGACAGCAAGUUUAUUUACCAGGGAUGCGCAUGCUCCGCUGGGUACACAGGACGGUUCUGCGAGAGCGACAUUGACGCAUGCAAAUUGAACGGACAGCCUUGUUUCAAGGGGUCCACUUGCACAGACUUGAAAGCUCCUGCCAAUAUUACGGGUUAUCAAUGUGGCCCAUGUCCAUCCGGGUAUUCAGGCAAUGGUAUUAAGUGUGUAGGUAAGUCCCGUAUGUGUCCUGUACAAACGAUGACAUCGUAUCAUCAAGUAAUUAAGUCUAAAAACCUCUUUGGGGAAUGUUCCAAAAUUGUCUCCACCAAUUUCACGACACGUUCUUUAACUCUGAAUAUUUUUACAUGGAGGUGAAUUGAGAAGCGAACAUCUGCGCAAGUGCUGUUGUUUUAUAAUCAUGGCGGUACAUCAACUACUGCCCUAACCUGGGUUAACCAGAAAUUGCUGGAAUAAAUUAAAGAAGGAGGUCGACAUUUUAUCCAUACUGUUAAGUUAACAAUGAACCGUGAGGUUAAGUUUUCGGUUACUUCUUUCUUUCAGAUAUAAAUGAAUGUGCAAACAGCUCAAUACACAACUGUGCGCAGAAGUGCACCAACACUCCUGGUUCAUUCGUUUGUAGCUGUAAUGCCGGCUUUACGUUAAACAGCAAUAAAUACAGUUGUGAUGGUAAGAAAAGCCUUGUUAUCUGUACUACAGUGUAAAUAAAGAAACUCCUUAGCUCUACACUGAUAGGGAAACACGUUCAUUCACCAUAUUCACAGACCAUAAUGCACUACGAAGCUACAAACCACAAAACAUUCAAACAAAUGUCAUUGUACACUACUCAGUUUACACUACUGAAAUUACAAAUUACAAUUCGUAGACACCUUCGAAAUACUACCAAAAAAUGGAGAAGAAAAAUAAAAGGACAACUAUAUAGAGACAACAUUACAUGCAAAUUUCCAUAAAUUAUUUGUAUAGGUAAUAGCAUGAUUUGUAGUGAUAUUUGGCAUAAAUACCACUAGUGAUAUUUCAAAAUUGUUAUACAUAAUUUCACGAGCCGUUAGGCGAGUGAAAUUUGAGACAAUUUUGAAAUGUCACGAGUAGUAUUUAUGCCAAAUAUCACGUACAAAUCGUGCUAUUAUUUGUUUAUUCUACUACCCACAAUAGUUUUGUAAUUUCCACAUGUAGGUAUUUCAAAUUAAGCUGAAAUACCACUGCUCUAAGCCAAUCAAAUUGCAGAAAUUUCUCAUGUAGUAGUAUAAAAAACAUAAACCUAAAGUGGGACGCGUAAAUGUUGGACACCCCUUCUAUGUACUAAACUUAUGAAUCUUUACUAUCCUCACAGACAUCAACGAAUGUGAACCUACCAAUGACUGUAUGCACAAAUGUAACAACACAAUUGGAAAUUACACCUGUUACUGUAAUGAUUUCUUUAAGGUUAACCAAUCAGACAGCAAAAGCUGCGUCCGUAAGUAAUCUUUCAUUUUUUUGUGUGUGUGAGCAUUAUACAGGCAUGAAAAAUAUAGAUAACUUGUUGGAAAACACAGCUCAGGCCCCGUUACUAUGGAGAUAACUUGUCCCGGUUAGAAGGGUCACCCGCAUAACUAAGCUACUCUGGGCUAGUUAACGUUUUCUACAUUACCUCAUAAAACUUAGCAAACCGUUCAUAAACAGAGAAACAAAAAAUUGGCUCGACUGGAAGGGUGACCCGCUUAGCCAGGUCACUCUCUUUGCCGGGCCAACUUUUCUCCAUUUAAACACCUUUGCCCGCCUAGCCGAGUUAACUCGAUCAAGGCGUCACAAUCGGAGCAUGUGCGACCGCUGUUGGCUUAGGUAAGGGUCACGUUAUUCUCAAAUAAACGCCUGCCCAGUUGACUCGGCUGGUAGAGUGACCCUCUUUCUCGCGGUAACUUUUAUUCACAUAAAUAGGGCCUCAGUUACGGAAUCCAAUCCUCUCCAAUCUCUUGAAACUACUAAUAGUAAUAGGAACCUUAAGCAACUACGACGACGACGGCAGUGAAAACAUCACUAAAAAAUUAAUUUGCGUCUUUUCAAACAUUAGCAUGUCUAUUUGGCACCGCUCAAUUCGUCCAAUGUAGGCGACUUGUUUUGGAGGUGAAUUCUUUAGGGCUUUAUCCAUGUUCAAAUAGAGAAAGGAAAAUUUGUUGUCGUAUGUCCACGUCCUCCACAAAACGUCGCAUUGGGAGGUUUCACAUCGUAGUCGUGCAGUGGACGUGAGUGGACCUGCAGAGCUGUUGUUUUGCUCAUAAAACCAAUUGUUUUUUUUUUUUUUGCGUUGUCGUUGUCGUUGUCGUCGUCGUCGUAGUUUCUUAAGGUCCAUGUUAACUUCAGUCCCCGACGCCUACCUUCUGCCUUAAGAGAAUGCGCUUUACCGACAUGGCAACUUAUUUUAGCUUUUCCCGGUAUUUUCUUCCCCCAGCGUCCAAUCGUUGUUCAGACAAUGACUGUAAUCAGGUCUGUUACAGAGGGCAAGGCAACAUUCAAGCUUGCGACUGUUUCGCUGGGUAUCAACUUAACAGUGACGGAAAAACUUGUGAAGGUCAGUCCUCCUUGGGAAGCACUCGUAAAGCAGACGGGGUCCCCGUCUUGGGUUAAGCUUGCGUUUGUGUUGUCACACUUACAUGCAUUCAAAAGUAAAACGAUUUUCUAAUUGUAUACUUCGUUAAGCAUAACAAUAAGGCGCCACUUACCGGGUUCCUUAUGUCCCGAAUAUCUCGAACUUUCUUCCGCCCCUAUGAGGCACGAUUCGAGUUGAGUCCCUUCGUACCGUUCCGAGGGGCUUUCUGUGGUUGUUCCUAACUCUACAAAACACUUAACCCCUUAUUCUAACUCGAUCAAGGAUUUGAGAGCCACCAUAAUUAAAAACGUGCUUCAUUAAUGCUUUUCCUUUUCCAUAUUCGUUUAUAAGUAUUAGACAAACUAUUAUACAUUAGUAAAAUCCAGCUAGUGGUCUAUUAUCAAUGCUGCGUUCUGAUUGGUUGAGCCACUACUAGGCUAUAUGUUAUAGCCCACUACAAACGAAAAGCGCGGGCUUUUUGGCGGCAAAAAAGGAUUAAAGUCUAGCUUUAAGUAGCUAAAAUUUUUUUAUUCUCGAUAUUUUUGACCAACUAGUUGGAUUUUACUAAAGCAAUUAUUCCUCUCACCUCAUGGGCUAUUGUCUCGAGGAAUAAUUGUUAAAUAUACUAUUAAACCAAAUGUAUAAGUUAUUGAAAUUUAUUUCUUAUGCAGUAUAGUCAUAAAAGAAAACACAAUCUCGAGUCCUCGACAGGAUUCGAUCCUAUGACUUCCCGAGUCGGUUGUCCAUCCAUUGAGCUACGAACUCAUAGAGAGCGAUGCCAUGAAGAUAGUUCGCGUUUUAUACGCGUCCACCAAAAUUCACUUGUGCCAUUACCAAUUUACAGUGUGUAAAUAUUAAUACGUAUGUACGGAUGCUUUUCAUAGAUAUUGACGAAUGCAAAAUUUCUGGCGUAAGAUGCACACAAGAAUGUAAAAAUUUGGAAGGUAGUUACGAAUGCAAGUGUUUCUCUGGAUAUAAGCUGGAAGCUAAUGGCUUUACUUGCACAGGUAAUUGAAAUAGCGUGAAAAUUGAUUUAAAGGGUACCCCAAUAGGUUUUUAGGGAUGUGAGAUUUUAGUUGAAGGCUUCGGGGUUUAAGGAAAAGGGGAUCUAGAAUCGGGAACUCUUUAAAGUGGUUUGGGACGUAUUUAAGCAAUCGAAGCCAAAAGUGCAAGGUGAAAAGUCAUUUAUCACAAGCAAAACAAAUCACUUGUGGAAUUCCUUAAGGUUCCAUCUUAGGACCAUUACUUUUUCUGAUAUAUAUAUAGCCUCUAGAAUGUAUACUGAUGAUACUAAUAUUGGCUCAUGGCGAACAAGUUAAGUCUAAAUAUUGCUAAAACUGGAUUUAUGUUACUUGGCACUCGCCAAAGAUUACGCUGCAAGGCAGUAAGCAAAUGCAAAUCAUAAUAGAAUGGAAAAAUAUCAACCAAGCUGAGAAGGGUAAAUCAUUGGAAAAGCUACUAAGACCAAAUUUCUAAAAAACAUCUUUUGGCCUAAUGGAGCCCUAAAAGAGACCUAGGCAAUACGGCUAAAUUGAUUUAUAAUUUCCUCAUCCAGCCACAUUUUGAUUAUUGUUGCACAGCCUGGGAUGUAGAUUUUCUCAAAGUCCUUCGCUUCUUAUUUCCGGUUCCGGUACUUGGCCCCAGCACGAAAGGCGAGCUCUCGCUCUCUCGCUCGGUUUUGCUGCAGAAAAUAUACCGCUCGCGCUUCGCGUUCGUGAAAAGAUUUGAGUUCGAGUUGUAGGCAAGUCUACCUGGGAUGGUAUAAAUAGUCAAUUAACUGAGAAGCUUCAAAAUCGUGCCGCCCGGUUCAUGAAGUUCUUCUCUACUUCUAGACGCACUUGGGUGGGAAAACUUGAUCUUUGAUCUUUAAUUUUUAAUCUUUAAUCAUUAUUUAUACGCGGUUAAAAAAUUCAUCAGGUACAAUAAAUUCCAAUACAAUGACUAGCCUCCUAAAACCUAAAAAUCCUAAUCCUAACAAUACAUUAACUUACAACAAUAUGCCACUUAAAAAACUGAUUUCCAUGAAUGCCGUGUUUUUAAAUAUUAUAAUAGAGAAGGCAUUUAAAUUGAUUUAAUGAACCAGACAUUGCAAAUAAGGUGCAUUAUGGAAAAUGUGGAAGUGGCGUAUAGAGAACAAGAUUACUAGUAAGUAAGUAAGUAAGUAAGUAAGUAAAAGCUUUGUUAAGAAGGAACCCAUCAGGAAAUUGAGAAAUUUCAAUUUUCAGUGGACAAAAACCUUGUACCAGAGUAAUUCAAACAAUAUUGCGUUCUUUUUACAUUUUUAAGAGCUAUAGACAUAAUUAGUUAUCAGUAGUAACACCAAAGAAAAUUUC